AUGUGCCUUAGGGAUGUUAGAUUGUUUAUAUAUUCAAGUAAAACCAGUCCAUGUUUGUCAACAGGUGAUUUAAGAUUAGUCCAAGUUAUACCUAUUGACUCUGAUUUAAGAUGUGUCUCAGAACCGCCUCAGAAAGAAAAAUCUACUAAACAAGAAGCUGGCUUCUUGUGGCUGCAAGUAAAGGAGCAGAAGUACGUUUUAAAUCUACAAGGGCCGGAAACUAAAAAAUUUAUAGAAGACGUAAACAGAGCUGUUGCUCUUCAAACACAAAAUGUAGGAUUUGGUUUACCAUCAAGUUUUAGUUGGUUGGACAAAUACAGGUCACAGACUGUCACUGCAGGGUUUUCCACUUCUCCAAAGGAAGAUAAUCCCUUUGCAGCAGAUGUUUUUGACCCACUGAAACACAUGAAUAUAGAAAAUAACACCUCUAAACGUUCACCCAAGAAUAGUGACACCUCUAAACGUUCACCCAAGAAUAGUGACACCUCUAAACGUUCACCCAGAAAUAGUGGUGGUUUUGAUGAUAAUUUUAGUGCAAUGAAUCCUGAUACAAUUAGUAAAAACUUUACCAACAUGAAGAAAGGUUCUAGUAGAGACUCCCUAGAUGACAUACUUGGCAGUGAUGCUGCCAACACAUUCACUGAAUCUCUAGAUAAAGUGGCCCAACGUCAGUUGAAUUUGAACAGUGGAACUGAAAUGGCUGCCGGCCUUAAACCUCUGACUGCGAGAGAAACCUUGGUGGAAUACCUGUUGAAGGAAAGACAGAGUGAAUAUGUUGAUCUGGUCAGUUUUAGAGUAUUUGUUGGAACGUGGAAUGUAAAUGGUCAGAAUGCAGGGAGUUUAGCAGAAUGGUUAGCUUGUGAUAAAGAACCUCCUGACAUGUAUGCAGUAGGAUUUCAGGAGUUGGACACUAGUAACCAGGCAUACAUUUUCAGUGAUUCAGUGAGGGAAUCACAAUGGCAAGAUGCUGUACACAAAAAUCUACAUCCUAAAGCCAGAUAUCAGAAGGUAAAGUCUAUAAGACUAGUUGGUGUGUUAUUGAUUGUUUAUGUGAAAGAAAACCAUGCAGAGCAUGUGAAGUUGAUUGACACAGAUUAUGUUCCUACUGGAAUAAUGGGAAUGUUGGGGAAUAAAGGUGGUGUAGGUGUAAGACUAUCUCUACAUGAUACAUCAAUAUGUUUCAUCAACUCACAUCUAGCUGCACACCAGGGUGAAAUUGAAAGAAGAAAUCAAGACACUCAAGAUAUAGAAAGUAAAAUGAAGUUCCGACAGUUUCUGCCGCCUCUUACUGUACAUGACCAUGACAUUGUAUUUUGGCUGGGUGAUCUGAAUUACCGUAUAGAUAUGGACAUUAAUGAUGUGAAAGAACAUGUUAGCAAAGGAGCGUUUAAUAAAUUAUUACCUAAAGAUCAGUUAUAUAGUCAGCUAACUACUAAUCCAGUAUAUAAAACCUAUACAGAGGGAGCAAUUAACUUUCAACCUACAUAUAAAUAUGAUCCUGGUACAGAUAACUUUGAUUCCAGUGAAAAGAGUCGUAUACCAGCCUGGUGUGAUCGUAUAUUAUGGAAAGGAGAUGGUUGUCGUCAAAUUAUCUAUAGAUCUCAUCCUACACUCAGAAUUAGUGAUCAUAAACCUGUUAGUGCCAUAUUUGAUGCCGGUAUCAAAGUGGUAGAGAGACAGCGUUACAAGAAGGUGUAUGAAGAUAUCAUGAAGAAAUUAGACAGACUAGAGAAUGACUAUCUACCUCAGGUCACGCUGGCACAGAAAGAGUUUGUAUUCCAUGAUGUUAAAUUUUCUCAACCUCAGGAACAGAUUCUUGCAGUGGCUAAUAUUGGACAGCUUAACCUUAUGUACAUUCCAAUAACGGGUAACUAUAUUGUAAGUAGUUUUGGUUCAUCAAUAGAAGCUCUUGUACAGAUGCAUGGUCCAAUACGAGAAGUUCCCACAGAUCAACUGGUGGAUCUUGAAAGGCCGGGUAGUUUAGAUCAUGUAGACAUUUUGAAGGAAGGUGUCCGACUAUAUGCCUGUCCAAAGGAGAUCUUCCGACUUGUGGAUCAUAUAUGGCAGUAUGGUAGACACCAGGAAGAUUUAUUCAUGCAGCCAGGAUUAAACACUGAGAUACACCAGAUUAGAGAUUGUCUUGAUACUGGGGUGCCAGAAACAUUACCUGGCAGUAUACAUUCAGUGGCGGAGGCUCUAGUUCUGUUCCUGGAUGCCUUAGCAGAGCCGGUCAUCCCAUAUUGUCUCUAUGAAACUUGUUUAGAGUGUGCUAACAAUUACCUACUAUGUAAACAGGUGGUAUCAAAAGUACCAGAUUGUCACAGGAAUGUAUUUAAAUAUCUGUGUGCCUUCCUUAGGCAGCUUCUUGAAGAAUCUAAAUAUAAUAAUUUAGAAAUAAAAUACUUAGCUCAAAUGUUUGGUGAUGUAUUUUUGCGACCGCCACCAGUGAGAUUGUCCAGUGUAUCAAAGAAUGUACGUCGACACCAAGCCAGAUCUGAGGACAUGAAGAAAGCAGCAUUUUUAUAUCAUUUCCUUGCACAUGAGUAUGAUGAAUGAACAUGAUAUAUAAUAUUGAGUAAUAAUAUCAUAACAUAAGACAGGAUGUUGUCAUAUCAUAGUUGUGAGUCCAUCUACUCUUGAAACAGGAGGAUUUUUUUAGUGUCUGGUUCAUAAAAGCCAAAACCACUCUGGAAUCUUGAUCAGCAUGUUUCUUACCUUAUUUAUGAUGGAGAAAACUUAAUAGAUUUCAGUAUUAUUUGUUUUGAAAUUCCACAACCUUUUCUGUUAUAAAAUUUUUUAUCUUACAGGGACUUUAACAUGUUUUUGCGAAAGUACAAUCCAGCAUAAGACAUGUGUUUACACUGAUUAUAUUAAAGAAAAUGUUCUCUUUUAAAAUAAAAAAAAAGUUAAGAAAAAUCAUGUUUUGUCAAAAAUAUUUUUAAAAAGAUAUCAGUGAAAUAGCAGUGUGUACAAAAUUGAAUUCUUAAACAUUGUAUUUUUUUUUAAAGCAUCAUGUUUAAGUAAGUUUUUAUACUGUUAAAAAACACUUUUCCCCCUUGAUAUGAUGACGUGGUGCUGUAUAUACAAUCGCAAUUAGUGUCGUAAACAUUCGUAGUAUUAGUAAGUUAAGUGGGUUUGAAAACAAGCACCUUGAAAAAUAUACAUAUUGUAUCAGUAAUCAUAGGUAUAAAUUACACUUAAAUUUCAUAUACAUUCCAAGUUGUAUCGAUACACAUCAAAUUAUGCAUUUUAUAAAACUAAAGCUUUGUACCAUAAGUCAUAUAUUUAUGUAUUCCAUUGAAGAAAUUCCAUUUUGUUUGUGUUGUGUUCUGUGAUGUUAUUUAAUGCUACAUGUAUAACAUACUAGUAAUUGCACUUGGAGAAAUGCAGAUUACACUUAUAUGUUACAAAAUGUAUUUUUGUAUUGUAUGUAUUUUUGUAAUGAACUCCUUAUGUGUCUUGUUUGUUCUCUAUACUGUAAUUUCUGUGUAUUACAUUAUUUGUUUGUUGUUGUAUAAAUGAUUACAAUUGUAAUUGGUAAAGUUUAUCAUUUCCUCAUGAAACACCAAAUUUACGAAGCAUGCUUUUAGAUAUUGUUGUCUUACAUAUGCAGGUAUUUGUUGAUGUUGUGUUCAGUCUUAAUUUGUAAGCAGUGUAUAUCAGUUUUGUUCAAUAGAGGACUGAGAAUGUCCUCAUAUUUCUGCCAAUUUGCAGCUACUGUACAUGAUAGUUAUUUAUUAUCUCUAUGUACAGAGGCGUUCAUAUUUUUACCCUUUAUUUCUGUAUUGUUAAGCUUUAUCUGUGAUAGACAUUAUUUUGCCAACCAUUAUCCGAACAUUUCAUUUUUAUUCUGUAUAUAUAGGCGGUUAUGUUGUCAAGUGCUUUCAUUGUUAUUACCUGAUAUUGAUAGAAAGGAUAUUAGUGGUUGAUUUAACUGAAUAAAAGAAACAAGUUUAAAUUUUCAAUAAAAUUUGUCUACUUUGAAAUUUUAGUGAUAUCAGAAAGCUAAUUGAUUUUCAAUUUUAAUUAAAUAUAAAAACCAAUUUAAGGAUGUGAUAUGAACUUUUAAGUAAAUUUAUCAACUACUUACUGCUGUAUAAAAACCAAAAAGUUAUUUGUCUUUUUUGUUGUAGUUUGUUAAAUAACCCACCUACUCUCAGUGUAUUAAUUGAUAUAUUUGUCUGUAUUCUUCUAUUCAGGGAAAGCCAUGAAUAGAAUAAAAACCACUAGAUUCUGGAGACAUUAAUGAAUCUCAUGAAUAUGCUUUGAUUGUCUGUGAAGGAAAGUGGUUGCUUCACAAAUAUGUCAUAUAAUAAUGCUAUACAGAAUGUACUCUUUAAACGGGUGUUUUGUAAUCAUUUAAAUUCUGUUUGUUUUAACAAUUGUUCAAUUAGUCCCUCUAUGAUUACUCGUUAUUUUACAAGACACAUGUACGUUUUGGUAUAUGUUGGUAAUUAUUUCUUCCUUGAAUUUAGAAUAAAUUUGAACAAGAUUUCUAUCUUUCUCUAAUUAAUCAUAAACAGUGAAGGUGCAAUGCAAUGAGUUGUUUAAUUAAAUGGCCUAUUGUUGUAAGCUAGUGAUUCUUUACCUGAAUUUUAUAGAAUAUUUUUUUCCAAGCUGAAUGUUUUAAGGUUUGUGCAUUUUUACCUAUUGUAUAUUAUAAGGUAAUGUAUUUGUUCCAAGCUAAAUGUUAUAAGGCGGUGAAUUUGUGAUUGUGUAUAAAAGGAGAUAUUGGUUGAUUGUUUUGAGCUGGUCAGUGUGUUUCUAGCUCAAUGUCAUGACGUGCGCGCGAAGGUGUUUACAGCUAAAAUAUGAUAAACAAGAUCAACAAGGAAAGGCGGCGUUCAAUGAAUAAACGCCGUCAUAAAUAUUGUAAGGAGGUGAAUGUGUUACUCGCUAGUCGUACCAGUUGACAACUGAAUAUCAUUUACUUCAUAUUUUAUUUCAUAUGUUUACAAAUGUGUUACAGCCUGUAUUGUCUAGUUGAAUUGGUGGACAACUGAAUGUCAUAAGCUAAUGUUUCUAGAUGAAUGUCUCAUGCUCAUUGUGUUUCUAUCCGAUUGUCAUAUAAAUGUGAGCUAGUGAACAGCUGGAUUUAAUACAUGUUCUAAUAGGCAUAUGUAAUUGUUGCUAAUUGAUUGUUAUUCGAAUGUGACACCUUAUAGAAAUGAUAUAUUUAAUUGCAUUUGUUACCAUGAUUACACUAUAUGGAAUAGCUUAAUAAACAUAUUGAAACAGAA